AUGAAGAUCCGGUCGAUUUCUUCAGUAGCAGUUGCUGCGUUUUCAACGUUUAGUUAUGCGGUGCCGACAUGGCCGAAUGCUAUUGAUGAGUUGGAGGAUGUCAUGUUCUUGAAUACGGGCUACAAAAGUCGAGGAUUCUCAUCACAUAUAACGCCUUGUUCAUUUUCAGAAUUCGGACCGGGCCGUCAGACUGCGGCGGAAUGGCUUCGAGUGGGAUUCCACGAUAUGGCUACCACCAACGUCUUUUUCGAACCACACGGAGGUAUAGACGGGUCACUUGCAUUUGAGCUACAGAACGGAGAAAAUGUUGGAACCGGGUUUGCGUCCUCGUUGACGAUCUAUUCGGGCCAUUAUAAUAGUCGCUUAUCAGUAGCUGACAUGAUUGCACUUGGGGUUCAUGCAUCUGUCCGAGGAUGUGGUGGUCCUGUGGUACCGAUGCGUGGAGGGAGGAUCGACGCAACAGCUGCUGGACCAAUUGGGGUUCCACAACCUCAGAACGGACAGGGGACUUUUGUAAAUCAGUUUGCACGAAUGGGAUUUGGUAUCGUGGAUAUGAUACAGAUGACAGCAUGUGGCCAUGCCAUAGGAGGAGUUCACGCGGCGAAUAAUCCUCUAAUCGUUGCGCCGGGAACGGCUCCAGAUGAUUAUCAGCUCUUCGAUACGACUCUUGAAUUCGACAACAAGCUCGCUAUUCAAUAUGUAAAUGGCCCGAUUUCAGAUCCGUUGACUGUAGGGAUUUCAGUCAGGAAUACUAGGAAUUCGGAUUUUGCGGUUUUCACUGCGGAUAAGAAUGUUACUAUCAAAACUCUUCAGAACGUGGGGACUUUCAAUACCGUCUGUUCUAAUAUUCUUCAGAAGAUGAUCGAGACGGUCCCUCCGGAGUCGGUAUUGUCGGAUGUUAUUGCACCGUACGAAGUCAAGCCUAGUGGAAUACAACUCACUUUGUUAGCGGGUGGUAGUCAAAUCAAGUUUUCGGGCGAUAUCAGAGUCAGGACCACCAGUAGAACAGUUUCCAGUGUUUCAAUUACAUACAAAGACAGAAAUGGCGGGACUGGUGGUACGAUCACUACGACUUUGGCUGGUACAGCAAAUGGAUUUGACGACAGCUUUGCAUUCUACUCCUUCAACAAAACCUUCCCAGCAACAUCAUCAAUAUCAUCUUUCACCGUCUCCGUCGCCGAGUCCGGAGGUCUUACAACCACAUUCUCAAAUAAUGGUGCCGGCUUUCCAGUUCAAGAUUCUGUCAUCGUCCUCCUCCCACAAAGUUGUUCAACUAAUCGAAAUCUCCAAAUCACCGCCGCGGUCCGCACUGGCACACCCGCACCAACCCUAACACUCACCCAAAAGAUCCCAAGAGCAGGAGGAAUUCCCGUCCCUGCUUUAUCUACUUCUACUGCCACAAUGACCAAGGGAGUCACGGUAGGUGAAUAUGAGAUUUAUAGUGGCACCAUCGCUGUUUCUUCCCCGACCGGAGCGAAAUUUGGAGUUUCAAGUGGCAGUUUUGCGGAUGAUUUUAAGGAUGUUGAGUGGUUGGGAGGGACGUGUACGCCUUUUGAGGGGAGUUCGAGCAGUUCUUCGAGUAUGAGUAGUACGGCGUCCUCGAGCACGUCGAGCACUCCAAGUAGUACAAUUAGUAGCUUAAGUACUUUGAGUUCUUCGGCCAGUACUUCUUCCUCGAGUACUGUUUCAAGUUCGAGUACCACGAAGUCCUCCAGCACGUCAACUACCUCGAGUGCUACUACUCUAUCGACGAGUACUCUGAGCACGAGUUCUACCACCUUGAGUACUAGCACUUCGAAAUCCUCAGUCUCUACAACGAGCAGUUCGAGCACAAGCUCUAGUAGCUUGAGCUCAAGCACUUCCAAAUCCUCUACUAGUACCACUAGCAGUUCAAGCACAAGUUCAAUUGUCUCGAGCUCCAGCACUUCAAAAUCCUCGACUUCGACUACUAGUACUGCGAGUACGAGCUCGAGUACACCAAGUUCUAGUACCAAAAAACCAUCUACAACAUCCGCUAGUACCUCAACCUCAAGUCCUAGUAGUUCGAGCUCGAGUACUUCAAGACCUUUGACCAGCACUACUGGUACUUCAAGCACAAGUCCUAGUUCUUUCAGCUCUUCAACUCUAUCGACAUCUACAUUGACCUCGAGCACUUCAAAAUCUUCAAUUACUACUAGUAGUGCUCCAAGUUCCAGCACCUUGGGUACUAGUACUGCAAAACCCUCAACCUCGACGACAAUUACAAACCCUAGCACGUCGAAACCCUCGACCACAUCAACCUCCAGUUCCAGCACAACAACAGCCCCCUCAACACCAACCCACCCCUCAACUAUCCCCCCAUACACCUUCCAAGGCUGCUACACCGAACCCCCCAACACCCGCGCUCUAUCCCAAAAAAUCACUUUCGACUAUCCAGCUAUGACACUCGAUAAAUGCGCCGCCAGCUGCGCGGGGUAUGUGUUUUGGGGUGUGGAAUAUGGUGGGGAAUGUUACUGCGGCAACACCCUCUCACCAGGCUCAAACCCAGCUCCAGACUCCGACUGCAAUUUCAUCUGUCCAGGCGAUAAAUCACAGUACUGCGGUGCCGGCAACAGACUUUCAUUAUACCGCCUCACCAACCCACCUUCCCCUCCACCACCCCCCGCAAAACCAACUAUCCCAGCUACAUCGAACGGGUAUAACUACACAGGCUGCCACACCGAACCCCCCAACAUCCGGGCUCUGCCCGCCGCUUUGUACGCGAGUGACGAACUGACGGUGGAUCUCUGCGUGAGCUAUUGCAAAACCGCAGGAUACACCAUGGCAGGCGUAGAAUACGCCCGCGAAUGCUGGUGUGCGAACAGCUUAAGUGCGGGGAGUGAAUUAGUCGGGGACGACGAGUGUGAUAUGCAGUGCGCUGGGGAUGCGGGGGAGGGUUGUGGGGGUGGGAAUCGGGUUGGUGUUUAUGUGAGGAAUUAG